AUGUGGCCGCUGCCGUGGGUGCUCGCGCUGGCCGCUGCGGGCCUGGCGGCCGUCUCGCCGACUCCGCCCCCGCCACCCCCGCGCUGCCGGCUGUCCGAGUUCCCGUGUGGAGGCGGCGGCGGCGGCGGCGGCCCCUGCGUCGCGCUCGACAGGUUCUGCGACGGCGCAGACGACUGCGGCGACAAGUCGGACGAGCCGCGCUACUGCUCCCCGUGCAACAGGACGUACUACGGCGAUGUCGGCCGCACGUACGAGCUGGAGGUGCGGCGGCCGCGGGAGGACCGCCUGCCCUUCCUCUGCCACCUCAACUUCACGGCCGCCGGCGGAGACUAUGGGGACAUCGUGCAGCUGACGUUCGACACAUUCACGGUGGGCAAGUUCGUGUCGUUCACGAGCGACGGCUGCCCGGACGGCCACAUGAGCAUCCGGGAGGCGGGCCGGCCCUCCACGGGAGGACAGUGGUGCGGCAGCGCCUGGGGCUACACCGUCUACUACAGCGAGACGCCCUCCAUCAACCUCACCCUGCAGCUGUACAGGCUCUCGGAACAGGGUAUCGGCUACAACUUCGACUUCAAGUUGUCGUACAAGCUGCUGCGGGCGGGUGAGGCCAGCGUGCGGUACGGCAACAGCAGCAGCAGUGGCGCCAGUGGCAGCGGUAACGCGGGCGUGCCCGCGUGGCGCGGCGACCUGGUGCCCGGCUCGUACUGCGACCGCGUGCUGGAGCGCUGCGACGCGCGCGCCUGCCGCGUGCAGUCGCCCAACUACCCGGGCGUGUACCCGCGCAACGCCACCUGCUACUACCGCGUGGAGCAGCGGCCCGUGCCCAGCGGCCGGCACGCGCUCAUCGCCGUGAGCCAGCGCCACUCGCACAAGGUGCACAUCAAGGACCAGGUCGCCGAGUACGACCGCACGCAGCGCGUGCUCAGGGUGUGGGACCAGUGCAACGUGGUGCAGGACUACCUGACGGUCUACGACGGCUCCUCGACGACGGACCCGGUGCUGGUGCGGCUGUGCGGCGGCGACGCGGUGCCCGACAUCGUCAGCAGCGGGCCCAACAUGCUGCUGGAGUUCCACACCUCGCCCUACGACAACCCCUUCCACCCCGUGCCGCUCAGCUACCUGCCGGGCUUCGAACUGGACGUGCAGGUGGUGCUGGUGGACGCCCGGUCGCACAGCUACGUGCGCGACCACGCCCACUGCGAGUUCCUGCUGACGAGCUUCGACGCGCCGUGGGGCGAGGUGGAGAGCCCGCAGCACUCGCUGCCGCCCAACACGACGUGCCGCUACCACUUCCAGGGCCGGCGCCACGAGACGGUGUGGCUGUCGUUCCUCAAGUUCCACCGCGCCGACUGGGACACGGGGGCGGCGGUGGCGGGCUGCGUGCGCCUGUGGGACGGCCGGCUCGACCCGGUGACCAACAGCAGCGGCGGGGGCGGCGCGGGGGCGGUGCAGCUGCUGGGCGAGUUCUGCAAGGAGGAGGCGCCGCGCCUCUGCGACCACAGCCUGCUCAGCAACAGCACGCGCCACACACGGCCCUGCGCGCUGCCCGAGAGCUAUGUGUCGUCGGGCCCGGAGCUGACGCUCGACACGUUCCAGGCGAGCGCGCUCUUCCCGCUGUCGUUCGUGCUGCGCUACGAGUUCGUCGACACGUCGCUGGAGGGCGCGCCCGCCGCCGGCGCCGAGGCCGGCCCCUGCGACCGCGUCUUCCGCUCGUCGCCGCUGUCGCCGCGCGCCGGCCGCUUCCAGUCGCCGCGCAGCGUCUUCCUGUACGGCCGCGGCGGCGCGCACAACCUCAGCUGCGUGCUGCGCUUCGAGGCGGCGCCGGGCGAGCGCGUGCGCCUCACGCUGGCGCGCGCCAGGUUCGGCGAGCGCGCCUGCCACUCGCGCCGCGACCCGCGCACCGGCCGCUGGUGCUGCUCCAGGCAGGCUCCAGCCGGAGGCCGCGCGGCGCGCGCCGCCGCAGCCGGCGUCGCCGAGCUCUGGGUGUCCGAGUACCCGUGGCCCGGCGUCCAGCUGCCCAGGGACUGCAUCUGCUCCAGGCUGUCGGAGCCGCUGCCGAUGCAGACGCUCUCCUCUUCCGUCGUGGAGGUCAAUUUCACGGUCACCUUCAUGAACAUCACACAGGACUUUAGCGACUUCAACUUCGAAGGCGAAUACCAGUUCGUGUCGGCUGCCGAAGUAGGAGACGGCUUGUCGUGCCUUGCGACAAGAGACGAUCGAAGGUUGCGCGGCUCCAGCGGCGAGAUCACGCUGCGCAGCCCCGCGGCCCAGCAGCAGCAGGCCAAGGCGGCGGCGGAGGGUGCUUCCAGCAGCGCGCUACUGUCCGGGGACGGCAGCGGCCUCGGCUGCGUCAGCCACCCCUGGCUCAUCGAGCCGGAGGACUCGGCCAACAGCUUCCUCUACCUCAAGAUCCGCGGCUUCGAGCUGCCCUACAACGCUCGGGAGGAUGCCUGCCCCACGCUCAAUCGCAUCGUCGUUUAUUCUGGCGUCGAUACUCGCGACCCUAAGGUGGUGUGUCCGGUGGAGGCGGCGGGCGGCCGGCGCGAGCUGCAGGUGUUCUCGGAAGGCUGGGAGCGCACCGCCACCUCCGCCGCCUCCGCCACCGCCGCCGGCGCCAACGCUUCCGGCACCGCCGCGGCCCACGCGGGGCCGCCGACGCCGCUGCUGCUGGCGCCGCACGCGCGCAGCUUCAUCGUCGAGUUCCUGGAGCGACAGCCCGGCAGCUACGCCGUGACCUGGAUGGAGGUGUCGCGCCGGCCGCUCCUCUCCGCUUCCAGCUACUUCGUCAUGUCCGUCGCCGCCCCAGAAUGUCCCUACAGGUGUCCGGAGCUGAACGCGUGCAUCAGCGCGGCGCUGUGGUGCGACGGCGCGCGCCACUGCCCGUCCGGCUUCGACGAGGACGACGCCAACUGCGCGUACCAGCUGGCGGUGCCGGCGCUGUACGUGGCGAUCGGCGCCGCGGCGCUGGCCGUGCUGCUGCUGCUCGUCAGCAUCACCGUCUGCGUCAAGCUGGCGCAGCGCCGGCGCGCCGCCGAGCGCGACAAGAAGGUGGCGGCUGCGGCGGCGGCGGCGGCGGCGGCGGCGGCGGCGGCGGGCAACGGCGCGCGACAGCUGCAGCACAACGGCGACAGCAAGCGGUUCGCCGAGUCGCUCUUCCUCGACGCCAAGGACUCCCUGUGUUGACAAAACGUCGUUGCCAUGGAGACAACCGUGUGACGCCCGACCGUCUCCAGGCAAUGCUCGCCCCGCCACAAGAAGAAGGGCAGCCGCGAGCCGCGGGUGCGCUUCGCCGAGUCGCCGCCGGCGCCACACUUGUUCCCCGCGGCCGAGCGGCAGGUGCUCUUCUACUGAACCCCAGGGCGUCGCCUCGCACACACGUGUGUGUACAGUCCCUCACAAACAGCCAGUGACGUAUCCCGAACCGACAUUUGCCGAGUUUAAAGCGUACGCUACACCGUAUUUACUUGAAGAACAGCGCGACCAUGCGGUGUGUGUGUGUCGCGACUGCGCACGUGAGCUGUUUUAACGGACGAAUACUUACAGCUGACUGUGGAGCCUCUCUGUUAUUCCGUGAACAGACAUAAGAAACAGUUCUGCUUCCCGAUACCGGUGGAAUUGUGACACAGCGAGUGUGUGAGAAGUGUCAUGCGAGUCAGUGUCCCUAGAAGAAUAAUUCUCGUAACGAGCUAAGAAAAAAACACUCUGGUUGUAUACGAUGUUAACCCAAACUGCACCAGCAAAAUUCCGGAGGUUGUUGAGGGAUAUUACUUGAGUACUCCGGUAUAAGGGACCCGACGUCUCCGGUGAAUCGUAAUUGUCCGUAAACUGAAAACCGUGAGGUUAUUACCCUCUCUCUCUCUAUCCAGCAACGCCUUUUUGCAACGCGCCAUUUGAAUCAGUGGCUAUGCACUGCUUUGACGUGCUGGCGGUGUUUAUUGUCCACUAAAUCUGCUAACUAUGCGUGGAAUAUAGAAACUAGAAACUAAUAUAAUGAGCGCAAAAAAACGCGCGUCAACGGAAUCUCCGUAAAUCAGCCUAUGCUACAUCGCACUACUCCUUUUUAAUUUUUUUUUAUUUCAGUUCGUGCCCUGACAACCAUUUCAACAGUGGAAAGUCGAUACGACUGUGGUUAACGCGAUAGUCGUGUCAGUAAUGAUGACACGAAUGUGAGGACAACACAACGCUCAGUCCCCGAGUGGAAAAACUCUGUGACCCGGCCGGAAUAACAAAUUCUUAGUCAUAGUGUACGACAGGCAAGGCGUUCUAGCAGGAAAUGCUACUUCCCCUACCACAACUGCCGCUUCUUCUUCAGUUUACAAGCAAACUAUACGCAGUAAUUGCAUUUUAUUUGAUUUAUUAUUACCUUAGACCCUUGUGCCUAUACUGCACCGAAAAAUAUACGCAUAACGGCGCAAAUGUCGUCGCUAUGUCUACGAAGAAACUUCUUCCACUCCCUCUCGCUACACACUGUUGAAAACAGUAAUGCCCACAUCACUCUUCUCCCUCAACUUGCUUUCUAUACUGCACGCGUCUGUCUCGGCCUUGUUUUUCCCGCGAGCUAGCUACACGUUUUUCUUCGUUUCCCUGAGCAGAUAAAAUUGACUACCUGACUGGGAAUCGAAGCCGAGCCUUUUUGGAUAGCAGUUCGUCGCGCAUAUCUUGCAGCUACCAAAGAGUACCAGCUGUACGCUAACAGUGGCGCACACCAAUGCGGGUAAGUUUUCUGGUGAAGUUGGCCUAUGUCCACCUCGCGUGAUGCUUCAAGGCGGUGGAAGAGCUGAACUGUUCCCACAGCAAAGGCAAGUCGGCAAGCAUCACAACACUUUUGCAUCAGUUCAUAUGCGUUUGUGUAACAUGCCGUACAUUAUGGUGACUGUAUGUCAUAGAAUUCCGCAUUAUUGUGGAGGCACUGUCACAGAAACAAAUUGAAUUUGAGUAACAGAUCACUCGUAAUUACAUUUUUACUGUCCGCCUCGAUAGCUGAGGUAUCAUAUUUUGCCGGCACGGUAGCUCAGCGUGUUCGGUCAGAGGGUUGGCUGCCCUCUGUAAUAAAAAAGCUGAGUUAUGGAUGAACGAUGAACUUGAACAAGUGUAAUGGGACGUCCACCCCGAACAAAUGGAACGAACAAUCACGAACAAAAUGAGAAAAAAAGUGGUCAGCGUGACGAAAUCCCAUGCCAAGGGGUCCGGUUUCGAUUCCCUGCUGGGCCGGAGAUUUUCCCGGCUCAGGGACUGGGUGUUGUGUUGUCUUCAUCAUCAUCUCAACCAUUUCAUUUCAUUUCAUUUUUACUGUGUAAAAAUCCUCCGCAGGCCACCGUUCAAGAAACCGGAAAUUCAGAAAAUGUCCCUGAACAACCUCGGAAAUUCUGUUGGUGAUCUUCGGACUUACAAUGUAUUUUGUGAAAUGCUUGAUCUCAUUCGUUAAAAUGUACCAAGGUGAGAUGGCCUGGAAACAAAAAACACCACCAGUGGCAGCUGUAUUUUGUGUAUCUCCACGACGCUAGGCUCGUAACCAAUUGAAAAUGACCCUGGUGGCUGAAACGGGACAUGGCAUUUGAAAGUAAAAUAGCAACUGCUGCUAUUGCUUAUUUUCAGUUACUAUUACAGUUGCCGACAAUGGACUACAAUGUUCGAUAUGCUGGACAAAAGAAGAUGAGGUGUGCACGGGAACCUCAAAUUUUGGUACCUACUUCAGAAACUUACUUGCUGUAGAAAUGAUUCUGGAGACACUAUUUCUAAAAACUGAACGAUGGCAUAAAAACUAUAUUUCAAUAAGGGAUUUCAAUAAGUCUCUGAAUGUUGCAAAAAAUCGAGUUGCUAAAUCAUUACAAGUUUCAGGUCAUAAAAUGACUAUGCUACAUAAAGGACGUUGUGAAGAAAUAUUUAACAUUUUUUUCGGCCGUGUGCUAUUAGACAUUAAAUAAGGCAUUUGAAUAAGUGGCGUUCAUGUUUUACUAACAACAUCCGAGCACAUUCUCUGCAAUUCUUGAACUGUGUCCCUAGAUCACUGUGCUCUUGACAAUCGAGUAUAUUUUAUUCCGAGUAUAAACGUUGUACAAGAUAACUGGAUAUGUGAAGUUGUUACAUGAUGAACAGACGUCAAUUACAACAUCAGAUUCCUAGACAAAGAGUAAGUACAACGGAAGACGACUGACUUUAUGAACUGAUGAAACGGAAAUGCUACUCAGUACUUCUCAGUGGAUGUCCUAUAAAGAGCAAGUUGAAAGUAGUAAGAGUAAGACGUAUUUUCAUGGGAAUGAUACGUUAUCUUUCUUGACUGAGAUGUAUUAUUUAUUUUCUGGUGCUAUGCAACCCAUAUAUAUUACCUCGAAACAUAUUUGUGUAAUGGAGGUGACUAUUUCGUCAGUGUUGAAACGUGGAAGGACUAAAGACGAAGCUAGGGUGAAAUGAAUGCGGUGCAGAAGUCAAGGUCAUCUAGACCAAAAGACUGCUGUUAAUUUAUUUUGUGAUCUAGGGGGGGGGGGGAUCUGUAAAUUGGUUUCUGUUAUCUUUCAACUGACAACUCAAUGUCGCUUGUGAUGCUAUGAGUGCAUAUUUUAUACGGAUGCGUUUUGUGAGACUGCAAUGAAAUGUGUUGAGUAUUAUUUCGUCUAAAUGACAUGAACAAAUGUGAAAGAUGU